CUCCCGAUCUCUCCCAUUUUGAAAAUCCCCCACUCUCUCUCCCCCCCAUCUCUCUCCUUCUCUGUCUGCAAAUCUCUUCAAUCUUCUCUAGGGUUAUCAGAGAUGGAGAACUCCAAUGGAGCAGCACCGCACGACAGGGACUCAUCUCAGUGUGUCCGGGUCGCGGUCAACAUUCGUCCCCUUAUCACUCCCGAACUUCUCAAUGGCUGCACAGAUUGCAUCACCGUCAUCCCCGGGGAGCCUCAGGUGCAAAUCGGGUCGCAUGUAUUUACCUAUGACUAUGUAUAUGGAAACAAAGGAUCACCCUCGUCAUCUAUCUUUGAUGACUGCGUCGCUCCGCUCGUGGAAGCUCUCUUCCAUGGCUACAAUGCAACUGUUCUUGCUUACGGCCAGACGGGUUCGGGAAAAACAUACACUAUGGGGACCAACUACAAUGGAGAAGAGAGUAGCGGCAGAAUUAUACCCAAGGUGAUGGAGAUGAUUUUUCGCCAUGUUGAGACCAUGAAAGAUUCUACGGAGUUCUUGAUACGUGUAUCCUUUAUUGAGAUUUUCAAGGAAGAAGUUUUUGACCUUCUCGAUUCCAGUUCGUCCAUCUCUAAGGGCGAGGGCAUGUCCUCCGCCAAGACUGUAGGAGCUGCAAGAGUUCCCAUCCAAAUAAGAGAAACAGUGAUGGGAGGCAUAACCUUGGCAGGUGUGACUGAGGCUGAAGUGAGGUCAAAGGAAGAAAUGUCAUCUUAUCUACUGCGGGGCUCACUAUCUCGUGCCACCGGGAGCACAAAUAUGAAUAGCCAAUCAAGCCGUUCGCAUGCCAUAUUCACCAUUACGGUGGAGCAAAAGAAAAAUCUGGGAGAAAGCCAUAACGAUGUUGGUGAUGACAUCUUGUGCUCGAAACUUCAUUUGGUUGAUCUUGCCGGAUCUGAAAGAGCAAAACGAACAGGAGCAGAUGGAAUGCGCCUUAAAGAAGGUAUCCAUAUUAACAAAGGAUUAUUGGCUCUUGGCAACGUAAUUAGUGCCUUGGGUGAUGACAGGAAACGCAAAGAAGGAGCCCACAUUCCAUAUCGGGACAGCAAGUUAACACGGUUAUUACAGGAUUCCCUUGGAGGAAACAGCAAGACUGUGAUGAUAGCAUGUGUUAGUCCUGCUGACACAAAUGCAGAGGAGACUCUUAACACCCUCAAAUAUGCAAAUCGUGCACGAAAUAUUCAGAACAAAGCCAUUGUCAAUCGCGAUCCAAUGGCUGAUCAAUUGCAAAGAAUGCGGAGCCAAAUCGAGCAAUUGCAGGCUGAACUUUUGUUCUAUCGUGGUGACACUAAUGCCCCAUUUGAAGAACUCCAGCUUUUGAAACACAAAAUUUCCUUGCUUGAAGCAAGUAAUGUGGAGCUACAAAAGGAGUUACAAGAGCGUCAAGUGUCUUGUGAACAUCUAAUGCAACGUGCUAUUGAUGCUCAGGUUGAAAAGGAUAAGCUGAUAAUGCAAAUUGAAUCAGCUCGAAAUGGAAAAUCUUGGGAUGAAAUUGAGAUCCAUUCAGAAAAGGAAUAUGAUUUGAUAAAGAAUUAUGUAUCAAAAAUCCAAGAGCUAGAAGGGGAAUUACUUCGCUUGCAAAAUUUGCAUCAUUCAAAGCACCGUGUCACUGAGUGGACCGACUCAGAAGAUGAUGGGCUAAAUGUCAAGAAUGAAUCUUUCACAUGCUUGAAUGAGAAACAAAAAAGCGACGAGGCAGCGAGACGACUGCAAGAUGAGAUUCACAGAAUAAAAAGUCAAAAGGUUCAAUUACAACACAAGAUCAAGCAAGAAUCUGAGAGCUUCAGAGCAUGGAAGGCAGCACGAGAAAAGGAAGUUCUUCAGUUGAAGAAAGAGGGAAGGAGGAACGAGUAUGAGAUGCAUAAGUUGUUGGCUCUGAAUCAGAGACAAAAAAUGGUUCUCCAAAGAAAAACAGAAGAGGCCUCCAUGGCUACAAAAAGGCUUAAGGAGCUGUUGGAAUCUCGGAAAGCUUCCUCUCGUGAAACUGGUGGUUCUGGUCCUGGACUUCAGGCCCUCAUGCAGGCCAUUGAGCAUGAGCUGGAAGUUACAGUUCGGGUACAUGAAGUGCGUUCGGCAUAUGAGCGUCAAAUGGAAGAGAGAGCUAGAAUGGGAAGGGAGAUUGCUAGACUGAAGGAGGAAGUGGAGAUGCAAAAGCAAGUAAUCAUGAGAAACAGCAAUUAUCCUCAAGGAAUGUCGCCUGGCGCUAGAAAUUCAAGGAUUUUUGCCCUUGAAAAUAUGCUCUCCACAUCGUCUAGUGCAUUGGUUUCCAUGGCAUCUCAACUAUCUGAGGCCGAGGAACGCGAAAGAGGCUUUAGUGGCAGGGGACGAUGGAACCAAGUCCGUUCCCUUGCAGAGGCAAAAAGUCUCAUGAAUCAUCUGUUCAAUAUGGCAUCUUCCUCAAGGUGCCAAUUGCGAGAUAGAGAAGUUGAUUGUAGAGAAAAGGAUGCAGAAAUACAAGACUUGAAGGAAAAGGUUGUCAAACUGACCUCUAUCAUUAGACAAAUGGAAAUGCAAAAGGCUGAACUUGUUCAACAGGUGAAAUCACAGCAGAACAUGCUUUUGAUGAAGCAUUUACAGGACAAAGCUGCUGAUUCUGGAGGCUCUGACACGUCCUCGGGAGGCCACAACUAUGGCUUACGGAAGCAGCAGGAGCCCAGAAACUCUGUCUUUGUGCUCGAGGACAUGGAUACGUCGGAAUCAGAAGCUUCCGACUGUGACAUUCCUGACGAUGAUGAUGACUGCGAUUGGGGGGCAAAGUGCUGCUCUUGCAGUAAACAGUCUCGCUGCAAGACCUCGAAAUGCGAGUGUAGGAGCACCAGCACCAUUUGUGGAGCUGGCUGUGGAUGUCUCCCAACACUUUGCAGCAACCGGGAAACAGCUGCUGUUGAUGCUCCAGAAACAACUGAUCAGAAUAAGGAAGAUAACUCCGAGAAAUCCUCUGAGCUCGUCUCUGAGGGUGCUGCUCUGCUUCAGAGUGCCUUUGGAGAGAAGCUGGCAGCUCUGAAUGAAGAUGGUGACAAUGGCUCGAAGAGGAAGGCUUUGUCUGAUAUUGGGAAUAGACAGGUCACGCCCAAUGCCCCGAAGCCUAAUCAGAGGAAGAAGUGGGGCAAAGCAGUUGUGCAGCUCGUCCCUGUCGCUCCCCCAGCUGCAUCUCAACUCGAAACCACCGCCGCCGCAGCUGUGAAAAAGCCUGAGGAGUUCACCAUUGAAGGGGACUUGCCUCUGAAGCUACCGAGAGCUAUGCGCACGCCAGCCGCAAACAGUGGAAGCAGCAGCCCUCUCAGAGAGAAGAACUCUGACCCUUCCAAUGGGCCGACCCACAGCAAGGAGAAUGCUCCACAUGCUCCGAGGAGCCCCCCUCGGCGGGUCCCGACUUCCGACGAGAAGGAGAACCUCAGUCAAUGAAGUCUGAACAUUCUACGCUCAGCUUCCACAUUCAUGUACUGGUAUCAAUCAGCCAAGGAAUCAUUGAUCAGUUCUCUGCUGAUAUGCCUAUCUCCAAAGUGUUUGAACAACUUCAAUGUUAUAUCCCCCUGUAGUUUGUUGAUUGUGCUGCCUAACAAACUUUUGUUGAGAAACAAAAGUACUUGUCCUGUUCCGACUUCCUGUCGAAAUCGGUGACUUCGGUUCUGCUCAUUGUAUUGUAAAUUUGAUAGAGCAGGAAAGUGGGCAUUGACGAGCCUACUUCCUGCUGCUUCUGAUUUCAUGAUUUACGAAUCAUUCCAGUCAAUUAAAAAUGUGGUGCUAAACUUGUUACA